AUGUCCACCCGCACCCUCCUCCUCGCCCUCGCCGCCUCGGUGGCUAGCAUGCCCGUGUCCAGUUCCGUAACGGAUACUGUUGCGCCGCUAACCAGCCGCGAUGUAAUCGCCCACGACGCCGUCGUCGGGUUCCCAGAGACAGUCCCGGACUCGACUCUCGGCCAGCUGUACCUCGCCUACCAGCCGUACCUCUACGUCGAGGGCGGGUGCGUGCCGUUUCCGGCUGUUGAUGCCGAGGGGAAUACCAGCGGCGGCCUCGCGCCAACGGGCUCACCGACAGGCGACUGCUCCAGCAACACCGGGCAGAUCUACGCGCGAAGCACAAUGGCCUCUGGGACAACAUCCACCUACGGAAACGCCAUCAUGUACUCGUGGUACUUCCCCAAGGACUCACCAAGCACCGGUCUCGGGCACCGCCACGAAUGGGAGGGUGUCAUCAUCUACCUCUCUGACGCGUCCUCGACAAGCGCGGACAACAUCCUCGCCGUGUGCCCCUCCGCGCACGGGGACUGGAACUGCGAUACGGAGUUCUCGGUGUCAGGGACGCAUCCGUUGAUUCGGUAUUACAGUGUAUGGCCGGUGAAUCAUCAGAUGGGGCUGACGGACACGGUUGGUGGAAGUCAGCCGUUGGUUGCGUGGGAGAGCCUGACAGAGGCUGCUAGAACGGCCUUGGAGACCACGGACUUUGGGGAUGCGACGGUGCCAUUCAAGGACGGGACGUUUGCGGGGAAUCUGGGGGCUGCUACGUAUUAG